UCGACCGAUUAUUGCCAAAACACGUUGGCUUGUCACACGAAACAGCAAUAAUCGUGUUGUUUACACAUCGAGCCAGCUACCGGUACUGUAGCUCCACCACGCUCAUCUGCAGUUUCCCACGUCGUCCGUCCUCAUGGUCGUCGGUCCUUCGCCCUUCCUGUCGCCGCUGCAACGCCAAGUGGCUGAGACAGGCUCGUUUCCACCCGUCCCGAAGGUGUGCGUCGUCACAGGCGGCACGGGUUUUGUCGGACAGCGCGUCGUGGAGAUGCUCGUCGAGCGCGGCGCGGAGAAGGUCGUGUCGUUCGACAUAGUCCCCAAGACUGCCGACGGGCACUGGGACCACCCCGCGAUCAAGUACGUCGUCGGCGAUAUCGCUGAUAAGGACGCCGUGUUUGCCGCCGUCCAGGGCGCCGACUGCGUGUUCCACCUCGCGGCCGCCGUGGGUCCGUUCCAUCCACGCGAACUGUACCUGCGCGUCAACUACCACGGCACGCUCAACGUGAUCGACGCAUGCAAGUUCCACAACGUAUCCAAGCUUGUCAUGUCCUCGUCUCCGUCCACACGCUUUGACGGGUCGGACAUCGACGGGUUGACCGAGGCCGAGUUGCCUUCCAUUCCCAUGACCUCGUACAUGCAAGAGUACGCAGAAACCAAAGCCAUGGCUGAGAUGGCGAUCACAGCCGCGAACUCGCCGACGCUUCUGACCGUGUCCAUCGCGCCGCACCAGGUGUACGGCCCACGAGACAACCUCUUCACCCCCAACAUCCUCGAAGCCGCCGGCAACGGAUCCCUUCGCGUGUUCUCAUCCAAACACACUGGCUACGGCUACAACAAAGUGUGCUUUACCCACGUCGACAACUACGCGCACGCGCUCAUCAUCGGCGAGCGCGCCUUGUACCCUGGCAGCCCCGCGCUCGGCAAGUUUUACGUGGCCACGGAUGGCCACACCCACACGUUUCCAGAAGGGUAUUCGUACUUCUGGAAGACGGUGGAUGAGGCGGUGGUCGCGAUGGGGUUCCCGUCGCUGUGGGAGAAGGCCAUGCUGCCGUCGUGGCUGCUCUGGCCCGCCGCGUACGUGAGCGAGGCGGUCGGGUGGCUCGUGGGACGCAAGCUCAAGCUCAACAAGUUCACAGUCCGCGUGCUUAUGAUGCACCGGUGGUUCAAGAUCGAUGCCGCCACCAAGGACCUCAACUUUGAGCCCAUCGUGCCGUUCUCGACGGGAUGGCUGGACGCCCAUGCGUGGUUCCGUACCCACUGGCUGCCGACGUUCCAGGCCAACUACGGCUUGGGCUAUAUCGCCAACCAAUCUCAGAACAAAAUCGACGUGCAAGCAGCCACGCUAGACGCCAAGUCGGCGUAGAAUGUGUGUGUAGAUCAAUGGUAUAGUAUGCUCAGUAGUGUCCUACUACAGUACUACGUAGUACAAAAGUAUGGCAACAGUUACACUGUACAAUGUACUUCAAAGUAUGACAAGUACACCGGGCUUACUGUUAGUACAAAUGUUGGAUAACGUUAGGGGUUCAGUUGGA